AUGGUUGAAACAAUCCACCUCGCGCACACGCCGCCCGAGCUGGCGCUCCACGUUGCCGUGUACACCGACGUCGAAAACGCCUCGUUCCUCAAAGAACAACUCCUGGCCGGCAACGCCGAGUUCGAAUAUGCGUUCAUAGAUGCGAGCAUGAUUCUGUCCACCAAGCACGUUCUGGCUGCCGCUUUCCGCGCGAUGAACGACUAUCUCAAUGAACGUCUCAAGUCGCGAAACAUCCAUUCUGAAAUUGUCUUCUGUCUGAGCCCGAACAACAAUAUCGGCGAAGCCUUCCGACGUUUCGGCGUCAGCGAAUCGACCCGUAAUCUAGUCGUCCUCAAGGUCGCUACCACACCAGACAUCACCCUCGAGAACGUCAGCCAGCAUCUUUCGACGCACAUCCAGGGGAAGGAAUGUGACUUUGAUGAUGCGAGUUUCCGCAAAAUCUCCGACGUCGACCGAAUCCGCAAAGUGUACAAAGCCAACUUACCAACGAGCUCGAGUAAAGACGGCAAAGCCGUCAACGGCACAAGUGACCGGGAAUUCGAUCCGAUAUGGAGUCUGGAGAGGCAGGUUCUGGGUUUGAUGGCCCUGAGAGGCGCGACUUGA